AAAUGCACAGAGUGCAGUUUAUAAAGAUCGAAUUCAUAAAAUUGCUAAUUCUUGGACCUAUACAAGUCUUAAAAUGAACAAUAACGCAAUAAUACCCAUUUGCAGCUUGGGCCCAACGUCAUUUGUUAGUUCAUCCAUAAAAGCCCGUGUUAUGUGGAAAUCAGAAAUAACGCCAUGGAACAAUGAUGGCCAAGAUGGAGAAAUUUUUAUUAUGAAUUUAUUGGAUGAGUCUGGUGAAAUAACAGGAGUUGUGUUUAAUAACUUGGUCAAUGUAUUUCACGCCCCGAUUCAAACAGGCCUGGUAUACAUUUUCUCAGGCUUUGAAGUGCGGCAGGCGGAACAGAGAUUAAAAGUUUCAGAUAAUCCUUAUCAAGUAUUUCUUCUUGGAAAUACUGUCGUAGAACUCAGUGCUAGUGACCGGAUUCCCCGAGAGAAAUAUAAUUUCCUGCCGUUAUCGAAGGUUUCUUCAAUACCGGACAUGGAGCCCGUCGACGCAAUUGGAAUCUGUUCGGAGGUUCGAGAGCUGGAUAACAGAGCAGGUUACUUUAUUCGGGAAAUCUUACUUGUGGAUCCUGAUUACACGUCUGUCAUGUUAAAUCUGUGGGAAAAGCAAGCUGUGAACUUUGAGGGUAAACCUGAUGACGUUAUCGUGGUCAAAGGGGCGCGUGCCCAGACUCACAACAAUGAAAUCAAACUGAACGCUGGUUGGUACACGAAUGUGCAGAUUAAUCCAGAUAAUCCAGAAGCCACUUCCAUGUUGGAAUGGUAUAACAACCAAUAAUGAACUCUAAAAUAUUAUUGGGACCUAUGAUAAAUUGAUACCAGUGCAAUAUACAAAAUAUUACAAUUUUAAUAUGCUUUUAUGUUUAA